AUUCUCUAUUAAGUAAACAAACAAAGGAUUGAGUUGUGAUUGUGGUUAGUGUUAAGAGGAGUUAGUAUUAUUGUUAUUAUUGUGAAGCAGAUUUGAACAAUAUAGUAAACAAAACGCAAAUGCACAUUUUCAGUAUUAUUAUUAUUAUUAUUGACAUCAUAGUUACAAGUACGAUUUAAUUUUAAGAUUUUCUUUUAUAAUUGACUAAGUCAUAAACUGAAUUUUGAACUGUUGUAUAAUGACUACAAACAAUGAAAGAAAUAUUUUGGCUAAACUAGAAGCAAUUAAAGAAAUAAGGUCAAAAACUAUGCAGCUCGAGAAGCUGAAAGGAAAAAUAAUUCAAGAAGUUGAAGCAUCUGAGCAAGAAGAAAAAUGCCUUUCUGAAUACAAACAAGAAAUGGAACUUCUUAUGCAGGAGAAAAUGGCACAUGUAGAAGAACUUCGGCAAAUACAUGCAGACAUAAAUGCAAUGGAAAACGUUAUUAAAAAAGCAGAAGAAGCUCGAAAUAGAUCUCUGGACAGAGCAAAAAGAGUGCAUGAGGAUUACAGACCUUUAAAACAUGAUAUAGACCGUAUGAGGCGAGAUUAUCUUGGUCUUGAAAGGCUGCCAGAACUUCAUGAGGAAGAAUCUGGAUUAAUUACCCCCGAAAUGUUUGCUCGAAGCUAUUUUGAGAAACACUUCAAAAACGAAUGGAGGCCAGAGAACGCAACCAUUACUAGUUUUGCUCAUGCACACCAAGCAGCAGCUGCCUCAGCAUUUCUAGCUCCAGUGCAGCCACCACUCCAGCUGCUCCCGAGCUCCAGCAAGAUUGACCAUCAUCGGGCUCUGCCUCCUGUUCCUGGCCCAGCACCUACCUUCAGGCAGCAACCACCGCCGAUGAAAUCGUGUCUGUCUUGUCACCAGCAGAUCCACCGCAAUGCUCCUAUUUGUCCCCUGUGCAAGGCCAAGUCUAGAAGCAGAAACCCAAAGAAGCCAAAAAAGAAAGAUUAACUGUAAGGUUAAAUUUAAAGUUAAGAAAAUUUUGAUGUUCGUGUUAGCGAACUAAAAAAAAUGUUUUUCUGGGUUUUAAUUAUCUACUUCAGAUUUUAUUAUGUUAAUCAUAACCUUUAAGUUCCUGCAAACCAAUUUGCCUCAAUAAAAUCGUGCAGUUCCUUCUAUGAAGGACACUCUUAACCAUUAUAACAAACAAAAAAUUACACUUUGUUUUUCAUUAAAACCACAUUAUACAUAUUUUCUUAUUUUAAUGGCUACUUAAUUGUAAAUACAUGUUUUUAUUUAUAAAAGUAUAAGGAAAUAACAUUCUUACUAGUUAUUGUAUAUUUGUAACGUUUCUAGUAAUGUAACAAGUUUGUGAGCUCCAUGACUAUUUUAUAUUUUUCUGUGAUAUAAUACAAAACAUAACUCUUACUUUCUUAUAAUUUUAAUUAAGUUUAUUAUAUUAAUUAGGCUCUGUCUUAACACGUUUUAUCAUUCUUUUUUAUAUUCAAAUAAGACGAUAUUCAGUAAGUUUACUUGUAAAUUCAAAUGAUACAAAAAAGUUCUGUAUUAGUUUUAUUUUUCAUUUAAUGUAGUUGCAAGGUUCAAGAUUUUGUUAUUGUGAUCAAGUGACUAGCUACUCUGAUUUUUUAAACCAAUUUACCUUCUUAAUUUUAGUCGAGGAUUCAAUCAUGAAAAAUGUGUAGGGUAUGCUAUAUUGCCAUAUACCCUGAAUCAUGAGGGUCUCUUUGAAAUGAUAUCUUUUGAUAUCUUUCAAAAUUAUAUAACAAAUAAUUAGGUGGGAAAUGUAUUAUGGUUCAAUUGUUUUUCUGAUAUGUUAAUAUUCAAGAUCAUUUCAAUAUAACAGGCUCAUAGUAACAAAGUUUUAAAAAUGUAUUAGAUUUUGUAGUAAGAAAGAAAAUUCACAAUCAUAAAAGUUCUAUUUUGGAAUAUAAUAACUCCUGUUGUAUUUUGAUUACAAAAUAGGCUGAUUUGGUAUACAAAAUCUACCUAAAAUUAAUGAAUAAUAAGCCAAUGCAAUAGAGUGUUUAAGAACCUGACAGCACGUAACAAAAGAGGUAUCGCACAGACGAACAUUCCAUUACUAUUUUUAUACUAAAAUCAAUAGAACUCUUCCUUGGACCAAGAAUCUAUGCCCCAAGUCACAAGGAGCUUUCUAUUGAGAGGACAGACAGUGACACAAUUUCAAUAAAAUCCUAUGAGUCCUUAAUACAAAGGUAACUCUGAAAGUAUUGAGGCACCAGCAGACAGUGCAUACUUCACUAAUCUUAUCAUUCUUAGCUGAUUGUUCUAACCCCAGUCAAUACCUGACAUCAUCUUGGAUUCAUUGAGUGUAUUUGUUUUAUAUGUUUAGCAAGAUCAAUUUCGUGAAAUCAUUGAGUAAUCAAUAGGGCAUUUUCACGAUAUAAUUUUCUGAUUUUAUAGUUGGUUUGUCUCUUGAGGAAUGUGUUGAACAUUGCAAUUGGUUUUGAAGCACCAUCACAAACUUCUGUUUUAGGUGGUAUUUGGAAUUUUGAAAAGCUGUAUUUGCUUCAAGAUAAUGAAUGUUCAAGAAGGCUGCAUUCCGCCAUCACUUAAAAAAAUUGAUUUGGUGUGCAUACAUAAUGAUAUGGUGUGCAUAAGUUUAUGAUCCAAGAUUUGAUGCGCAUUAUGGUUCAAUAGGACAGACACUGCACUUAUUUAAUGAUUGAAUCUUCUCUAGAAAUGGGAUCCGCAACAGUGAAAAUAAUCUCGCAUGAUAUUUUUAAAUCAAGAAAAUUAUAUCUCGAUCAGUACCUCAAAAUUUAACAGAUGAACAAAAGGCUAAGCAUGUGAGAAUCAGCCAGCAUCCCUCCAACUGCUUAAUAAUGGUGGUCAUAAGAUAAUCUUCCAAAAAGUUUACUUGUUAUGAAAUGUAUAUCCCAUGUUAUGGCAUUCCUACUCAAAGAGAGAGUUUCAUAUGGGUGUUUGAAGAUUAGCUAUCAUGGUCAAGAAACAAUGAUCAGUGAAGAAAGUAAUGUACGCUGUUUCUCCAGGAGUAGGUCUGGUGAAGGCUAUUAAGCGGGAAUGACAAAGGCUUUCACAGUUUUUGGCACAAUGAACAAUGCUUGCCUGAAGUCUUUAGCACUUAAAGUUAAAUUAAAGUUUAAAUUAAACCCUUAAUGUUUAACAUUAAGGGUUUAAUUUUGUACUAUAACAAUACUUCUUCUCACACUGCUGCAAAAAAUUGGUAGUUUUUGGCCGAAAAAUGGCAUCAAAACGAUGGACCACCUCUCUUAUUCACCCCAUUUCGCUAUCUGCAUCUACUUGUUAUUCUUCAUUCUGAAGAAUCUUUUGUGCAGUCAUAACUUUUCUUCAAAAGUUGAAAUUGAUGAUUAUAUUUGUAAAUAAUUUAACUCCAUUCCAAAAACUGAGAGUUUGGAUGCUUACAAUGAGGGGACGAUCCAAAUUUAAACAUGCAUUAACACUUUAGGUAUUAUUUUAAACAUAUCUUAACGUUUGGUAAGUCUAGCACAAAAACAACUUCAUAUGUCCUAAAACUUUCAGUGUAAUCCUCGUAAAAAUAGUUUUGGCCCUUGGCAUCAAAAAUUUAGGUUCCUGAAACGUUAUCUCCAUGAAUAGAGUACUGAUUUAAUAUUUGUUAUAUACUUUUAAUGAAAUGUAAUAACUUUUAUCAUCAUAAGGAAUGGAAUUUAGUGUGGGAAGGGGACAAUGAAAACCUGACCUUGCAAACAGCCCACCUGCAUUGGUGGUGGUUCGGAAGUACAUUUAAGCUGUUGGUCCUCAAGUUAAGUGUUAGAGAGGGCUCCUUAGUCCUAACUUCGCAUGGUGAAAUAAGACAUCCUUUACUUUUACCUUCUUUUUUAUAUUUGUCAGACUAGACGUGGAGUUGACACUUUUGUACUGUAACAGAUUGGAGAAACUGUCAUACAAUCUGUUAUCUUUUGUCAUUUUUGAGAAAAUGUUAUUAUUUACCUGAAAAUAAAAUAUAGUGGCUUGGUUAUAUGUUUGUAUCAGUUUUAACUGUUUGAUGUCCUAAUGUUUAAUAAAUGUAAUGACCUUAUUUUUUGUAGGUAUUUAAAAUUUUAAAAUGUGAUCUCAUCUGUUAUUUUAUACAUGUCAUACUUUUUAAAUGUAAGUCAAUAUUUAUAUUAUUUUAUAUUAAUGUGUAUUAUCAUUGUGUCUAUUAAAGAAUCUCUUGGUGAUAACA